CUUACUUAGAAGUCCUCGGAAGGGCUCGAUAUCUGUACUCGCAUAUCAGCCUUAAGAGUGCAGGUGGCUACUGGGGUGCGAUAUCGAUAAAACAAACUGUGGGGGUGCAUUAUAUCCCGCGGUUGAUACACGCUAAUGAAACCGAGAACUCGAAUAAUGUUUACUAAAAGAACCCCUGGGUUUCUAGGCCAUCGAACAAUUGGCCGGAGCGACAGUAUCGCUGCAUAAAUACUGAGAUUCUUUACUUAUCACCCAACUUUCGAGAUGAGCUCAACGCCAACAAAGGAUCUUGGCCUUAUCCCUAUCCCUCGAAGACUCCGUUACAAUCCAGCAAAGCCGUUCCAGUUCGGUAUUGGGCUUAAUGUUCUUUUCGCGUUUGCAUGCACAUUUAUGAUAGCAAAUUUGUUCUACUGCCUACCAUUAUUAAUCCAAUACUCUGAAUCUUUCGGGGUGUCGUAUUUUGGUUCCUCGAAAGCUCCAACCCUUCUCCAAGCCAGAUACGCUACAGGUCUCUUCUUCCUCGCACCGCUAGGAGAUGUCAUCCGACGUCGGCAGCUCCUUCUCGGACUCACUGUCUGCUCCAUCGUCCUUACCCUCUGCCUGGCUCUCGUCCGUAACUGGGACGCAUUUCUCGCCAUCUCCUUCUUGGCUGGUGCACUAAAUGUUGUGCCCCCAAUCCUCCUUCCUCUCGCAGCGGAUAUAGCCCCAUCCUCCCAGCGAACCUUUGUCGUAUCUGUCAUUGUUUCUGGGCUGAUCAUGGGGAUCCUAGUGUCACGAGUCGUUGCCGGAGUGAUAGCUCAGUUCACCGAGUGGCAGAUGGUCUAUUACUUUGCGGUAGGCGUUCAAAGUGUCGUGCUGGCAGCAUGUUACGCGAUGGUCCCAGAUUACUCAGCCAAAAAUGCGGAGAAUAUGGGAUACUGGGGUCUUAUGAAAUCUAUGAUAUUGCUUUCUGUUGGCGAGCCACAGUUGAUUCAGGCCUACUUCGUUAACUUACUUUCCUCGGCAGGUCUGUCAAACUUUUGGGUCACAUUGAUAUUCUUGCUGGGCGGUCCGCCAUAUAACUAUUCUACGUUACUGAUUGGGCUUUUUGGAAGUCAUAGGUAUGUUUGGGGUAUGCAUGACACCAUUCGCAGGUCGACUACUCGACAAGCUGCAUCCAUGGCAUGGUUCGAUUCUGGGCUCUAUAUUUUAUGGGUGCUUUCAGAUGCUCUUGGUCAGCGCGGCUGGUAUCCAUAUUGCUCCCGUGAUUUUGGCUACGCUAGGAAUAGACGUAUUUUGCCGGAUGCUACAAGUCUCGCUUCAAAUGUCCAUCUUCAGCAUCUCCGCAGCAGCUACCACACGUUUGAAUGCUAUCUCUCUUAUAUGGUCUUCCUUGGACAAGUCAUGGGAGCAGAUGUGGGUUCACACGUGUUUUUGGAGUAUGGAUGGAGAGCAGGUACAGGGUUAUCGCUCGGUUGGACUGGGUUAGGCCUUUUAAUUCUUCUCAUGCGUGGACCUCAUUGUGGGCGCAAGACCUGGUUUGGGAAUGAGGGUGGAUUUGGUACUGAGAAAAUUGUCGAACAAGGUGAUAGAGAGAUAGGUAUGAAGGGGAGUGUUCUCAGUGGUUUGGAUAACAACUCACACACGUAGAUCACUCUGAGUGAUACCUACCACUACCAAGUACGCAAUGGAAGUUUAAGUAGUAUAAGAGCCUCUUAAUCCAUGACCCUGGAAGGAUGCCGGCCGAGCCGUCCGCUUGGUUAACGAUGCUGAAUUCAUCAAACCGACUUCAAGUUGUUCAGCAUCGUUAUUCUCGAUUAUUCGUUCCAGUUCCUCUGUCUCAUUAUCUCCUACG